AAGAAUUUGUUCAUAUCAAUGAUGUCACUUCCGAAGAGGAAGAAUCUGAUUUACAUAAUAAUGUUGAAGAUGAAGAAAAUGAUGCUCAAAAAGAGGGAGAUAAGGUUAUUGCGAGAAUAUGUGGAAAAUGUGAACAGAAAUUUAACCCUACAACAACUAUCAGAAUUUUAGACCUUUCACAAGGUACCAUUACAGAGAUAACUGCAUUUUUUUUAGCUAUUAGUAGUUUCAGUUACAAGUAUAGUAAACCGUGGUUUUUAGCUAUGGUUUUAACCAUAGCUUAA